ACUGCUUAACUUGACCAUCUUUAAGGUCGUAAAGAGCAGCGCUACUCUUUGUUAAGUGCGGUGCGCAGAAAUCUUGAUUUAAGUCAAGAUUUGCAUAAUUAAACAGUUAGCGUAACUAAAUCUUCUGAUACUUGUUGUGUGCCAAGCCGAAACUAGCUGGUAAGAGUUUUCUUGCGAGACUUCUUAUUUCGUUGUUAGCUAACGCUAACGGGUUAGCUGCUCAGACAACAACCGAAGCUCAGGAGGAUGUCGCUUCACGGCAAAAGAAAAGAAAUCUACAAAUACGAGGCGCCAUGGACUGUCUAUGCGAUGAACUGGAGCGUCCGUCCAGACAAACGCUUUCGAUUGGCACUUGGGAGUUUUGUGGAGGAAUACAACAACAAGGUUCAGCUCGUGGGUCUGGAAGAGGAGAGCUCAGAGUUUGUGUGCAGGAACACUUUUGAUCACCCUUACCCCACCACCAAGAUUAUGUGGAUCCCAGACACCAAAGGUGUUUACCCGGACCUGCUCGCCACUAGUGGGGACUACCUGCGUAUUUGGAGGGUCAGCGACACAGAAACGCGCCUCGAAUGUUUAUUAAACAACAACAAGAACUCAGACUUUUGUGCUCCGCUCACCUCCUUUGACUGGAAUGAAGUCGAUCCCAAUCUUUUGGGAACAUCCAGCAUCGAUACCACCUGCACUAUCUGGGGUUUGGAAACUGGUCAGGUGUUAGGACGCGUUAACCUGGUGUCUGGACAUGUGAAAACUCAACUGAUUGCUCACGACAAAGAGGUGUACGACAUCGCUUUCAGCCGCGCUGGAGGUGGCAGAGACAUGUUUGCCUCCGUGGGAGCUGAUGGAUCCGUCCGCAUGUUUGACCUCCGGCACCUGGAGCACAGUACCAUCAUCUAUGAAGACCCCCAGCACCACCCGCUGCUACGCCUCUGCUGGAACAAACAGGACCCUAACUAUCUGGCCACGAUGGCCAUGGAUGGCAUGGAGGUGGUCAUCCUGGAUGUUCGUGUGCCAUGCACCCCUGUGGCUCGGCUCAACAACCACCGUGCCUGUGUCAAUGGGAUCGCAUGGGCCCCUCACUCCUCAUGUCACAUCUGCACUGCAGCUGAUGAUCAUCAGGCUCUGAUCUGGGACAUCCAGCAGAUGCCACGUGCCAUUGAGGAUCCCAUCUUGGCGUACACUGCGGAGGGGGAGAUCAACAACGUGCAGUGGGCCUCCACACAGCCGGACUGGAUUGCUAUCUGCUACAACAACUGCCUGGAGAUCCUGCGUGUCUAAAGCCACGGAGAAAGAAACCCAUUUCACAUUUGGACUUAAGUGGUCCUCCUCUGCUUUCAAAACAAGGUUGAGGCCACAAAUGAACUUUCUGAACGUGUCUGGAGUACUACAUUUCUACUCCAAAAUAACCUGGUUUACAUUUAUUUCCCAUGUCUCUAUCCACUGCUCUUCUAUUAAACAUUUUGAAGCUCUUAUUUAUUUUUGCUCAACAGGUAGUUUUCAGUGACUCAAAGAAGCAUCAGUGCUUUGAACUCUGCGCUGUUGUUCAUAAAAGUCCACUUUUUAUACUCCUCGGUGUGGAUUCAGCCAGCUGUGAGAUUAUCAUGAAGGGUUUCGAUGUUGUGCAUUUCAUUAGUUUAUGUUGAGGUUGGUACAAACUGCUGUAGGUGGCCUCUAAUACGCAGGAUUAUGUUGUAGCCUUGUGGAUGCAUAACACCUUAUUGUUGAGACAAGAUCAAUAUGUUAUAGUCUUGUUUACUUCUGUGGCAGUUAAAGAUGUUGAUCAUCCCAUCUGUGGAUGAUUGUAUCUGGGCUUCAGGAGUACUUUUAAAAAUGUUAACAUAAGUUUAGACGGUCUCAUGGCAGCACUUCAGUGGUGUCUUGUCACCGUGGUUGGACUGAUGCUGUGACACAGCGAUGUACAGCAGCACUGAAAACCUACCAGAUCGAUGUUAUUCAGCCUUUUAGCUCCCCAAGUAUUCUCUUCAUCUUUUUUUGUAGAAGAUUGUGCUUUGAAAGCUGCAUUUUUACUUAUUUGCGUGAGGUGUGAAGUGGAUGAAACAUACUUCAAAGCAUCUUUGUCUUCUUUUUUUUGUAUUCAAUAAUCAAAGGGUCAUGUCCUUGUAGCAUGCCAUUACAAGGCAAAAUGUACAUGUAAAUAUAUCAACUCCAGAUGUUGGUAAGCCAAGUGUUCAUGUUGUAGCUUUUUUCAUAAAGUUUAUUAUUGAAUUUGCUCUAAUAAAUUGUAUUUGUCCAUG